UCUUGAAGUAGUGAUAUUAUGGAAACAAUACGAUCAAAACCUUUAUCCAGUGAAGCUAAAUGUCAGCAUGAUGCAGGUGUCUAAAAGGGAUGAUAUUGUUGAUGCCAGACAGUAUAACACAGUCCAGGAGUCUCCAGUGGUGAUAAGGACAUGGGACUCCUGCCAGAUUCCAGAUGGUUCAUCACAACUAACAUCUUGGUUGACAACCGUGAAAAAGAACCUUGGAUUAUUUUAUUUUAUUUUUGUGGAAGACCGCAGUCGUGGAUCUACAGGAUACAUCAGGCUCCCUAUUUCCUGUAGAUUUUUUAAAUUAACCUUUUCUAAUGAGGAUGACUGAUGCUGUUACUGUAAAGGAGGAAGGUGAUACAAUGAAAGGUUCAGAGGCAGCCGUAAAAGACAAUACUGCAUUGGAACACUUCAUUAAAUCAGAAAGUCAUGAGCAAAUUCAAGUGGAAAAAGAUGAAAGGUGUACUGACAACAGAAAUGAUGUACAGCGGCCAGCGCAGUCUUUUGGACAGACAGGAAAAAGGUCAAAGUCAAGUACAAAGUUAAAGCUAGUUCGGAGCCUGGCUGUGUGUGAAGAAUCUCCUCCACCCCCCACAGCUGAAAUUUCACAGGAUGUGCAGGAGAAAAUUCAGAUCCAGCUAACACAAUCAUUUGACAAAGAAGAGAAACCCUUGAAAGAUGAAACUGAAAAGGAAAAGUCCGCUGACAAAUUACCCAGGAAAAUGUUAUCAAGAGAUUCUAGUCAAGAAUACACAGAUUCAACUGGUAUAGAUCUACAUGAGUUUUUAGUAAAUACGUUAAAAAACAAUCCCAGGGACAGAAUGAUGCUGCUGAAGUUGGAACAGGAAAUUUUAGAUUUCAUUGGUAAUAAUGAAAUCCCGCGCAAGAAGUUCCCCCCCAUGACCUCUUAUCACAGAAUGUUAUUGCACAGAGUGGCUGCUUACUUUGGACUGGAGCACAACGUGGACCAGAGUGGGAAGUCGGUUAUAGUUAAUAAAACCAGCAACACAAGAAUACCUGACCAGAAGUUCUCUGAGCAUAUAAAAGAUGAAAAAAGUGAAGAUUUUCAAAAACGGUACAUCCUUAAAAGAGAAAACUCUAGUCUAGACAAAGAUGAUAACCAGAUGCGAAUACGAUUAAAAGAUGACAGAAGAAGCAAAUCUAUAGAAGAACGAGAAGAAGAGUACCAGAGAGCUAGAGAACGAAUAUUUGCACAAGAUUCGCUGUGUUCCCAAGAGAAUUAUAUUAUUGACAAAAGAAUCCAAGAGGAAGAAGCCAGUAGUACCCAGCAAAGGCGGCAGAUAUUUAGAGUCAACAAGGAUGCUUCAGGGAGGUCAGCCAACAGCCUCCAGAGCAGUACAGACAAUGAGCUGAAGUACUCUGAACCCCGCCCGUGGAGCAGCACCGACUCCGACAGCUCCCUUCGCAAUCUGAAGCCAGCUGUGACCAAAGCCAGCAGCUUCAGUGGGAUUUCUGUCCUGACAAGGGGCGACAGCUCUGGAAGCAGCAAGAGCACAGGCAGGCUAUCGAAGACAGGUUCAGAGUCUUCUAGUAGUGUAGGGUCAUCCACGGGUUCUCUUUCUCACACCCAGCAGCCUCUUCCAGUCUCAGCUCUCAGCCAGCCUUCUCUUGGCACAUCUGCCGUCUAUCCAACGGUCAGCACUAGUAGCUCUCUUUCCUUUGAUGGUGGCAUGAGUGGGCAAGUGGCGCCUUCUAGCAGUAGCUUCUUUUUGCUUCCCUUGGAAGCGGCAGGCAUACCACCUGGAAGUAUUCUGAUCAACCCUCAAACAGGUCAGCCAUUCAUAAAUCCAGAUGGCACUCCAGUCGUGUAUAAUCCUCCUAUGCCUCAGCAACCUGUUAGAAACCAAGUGCCUGGACCUCCUCAGCAACCACCUCCUCCCAUGCCACCUCAGCAGCAGCCAGCAACCAAUCACAUCCUACCACAGCCUAUCCGACCUCUUCAGCCUUCUUCACAGCCUGUUCAGUUCUCCACAGUCUCUUAUCCGCCCCCGCUCCUGCCAGUCUCAUCUACCCAGCAAUAUACUGUGCAAGACAACCUAGGACCCCAGUUCAGCCAUAUGAGUCUCUCCCGACAGCCAUCUGGGGAAGCUGCUGAUCCUCAUGCCACCAUGUUCCAAUCCACAGUUGUCCUUCAGCCUCCUCAACAGCCUGGUUUUAUCAUAGCAACUGCCCCACCUCCUCCUCCACCACCACCUCCACCACCGCCUGGUCAACCGGUCCCCACUCCUAAUUUCAGUGCGUCCAGCCAUCCUGUCAACCAGCAAGUUCUUCAGCAACAGGGAUAUAUGCAGCAACCAAUGCCACAGAUGCCAGCCUGUUACUGUGCUCCAGGCCAGUAUCCGCACUCCAGUCAACAAUAUCGGCCAGUUACUUCCAUUCAUUACAACACACAGCAAAACCAGCCACUGCCACAGCCUGCACAGCAGACAGGUUACCAAGUUAUGCCUAACCAGCAGCAAAACUACCAGGGUUUAAUUGGCGUCCAGCAAUCUCAAAACCAAAACCUAGUCAGUGGCCAACCCAACAACAUUGGAAACCAGAUCCAAGGCGUGAUUGUCCCGUAUCCUCCCGUGCCAUCUUAUCAGGUUUCAAUGGCUCAAGGUUCCCAAGGAAUGUCACAGCAGACAUAUCAGCAGCCAGUUGUUAUUCCCGGUCAGUCUAAUCAAGGACUACCCACAUCAGGCAUGCCAGUUUAUUACAGUGUUAUUCCAUCUGGACAACAAAAUAAUUUAAGUUCCUCAGUAGCGUAUCUGCAGCCUCCAGGAUCGGAGCCGAUACAGUUUCCUAGAACAACAUCGCCCUGUAACUCCCAGCAACUCCAAGGACAACAGUGUGCAGUAGCACCACCACCAGGAGGAGGAAUGGUAAUGAUGCAACUCAAUAUCCCCAGCAAUCAGCCUCGACCCCAUUCACCCCCCCAGUGGAAACAAAAUAAAUACUAUUGUGACCAUCAAAGAGGGCAGAAGUCAACAGAUUUUGGUGCUUUGGACAGCUCUACACAGUUACAGCACAGUCCACAAAUAGGUAGUCCAGCUACCUCUCCAGCCCAGUCUCCAGCACCAGCUCAACUGUCAAACAUGAAGAACAUCCGUCCCACAUUAACACCUCUUCCCCUUGUGGCCCCAUUCUCUAGAACUUUCAUCCCUGGACAAGGUGACACCAGAUACCCAUUGCUUGGUCAGCCACUGCAGUACAAUCCUCCAUCUCUGCUACAUGGACACAUAGCAGGCCCACAGUGUCAGCCUGGAAGCAGACAUGGGAACAGAGGAAGAAAACCAGCUAAGAAGGCUGCUUCAGCAGAUCUUGGUGCGGGAGAACCAGUUGUAGGAAAAGUCUUGGAAAUCACUGAACUGCCAGAAGGAAUUACUCGUGCAGAAGCAGAAAAGUUAUUUGGGGAACUUCUUAAAGUUGGUGCCAAGAUUCGGUGGUUACGGGAUCCACAGUCCGUACAAGUGCAGCAGCAGCACCACCAUCGCUACUGCGGCAGUGGAGACAGUAAUGUGAACGCUGAACCUUCCAAACUUAGUGACUUGGCAUCUACAUACACGGUUCUAGCAACGUUUCCAACAAUGUCGGCAGCCCAAAAUGCGUUGAAGAAACAGAGUAACUCACUGAACAAGUUUAGGCUGAGAACAAGCAAGAAGCACUACGACUUUCACAUUCUGGAAAGGGCUAGUUCUCAAUAGCAGCCACGCCAUUGAACAUUCAGCCUUUAUUACUUCCAUGCCCUUAUCUCCUCUACUUGAUUGGCUUGAUGUUUAUGGGUUUUUUUGUUGUCUUCAUAAAGACUCCUUGGAUGUCACAGUCUUUGAAGAAUAAACCCAGUGAUCCAGGUAGAAGGUGGGGGUGGGGGUUGCAGUUAAGUCAUCAG